UUAUAAUAUGUUUGCUAGCUUCAGAAGAGUUGGGUUCCAAUUUGGAAGAACUCAUUCCAUGCAGCCGAAUAUGAUAAAUUCUUUGAUGUUUACACCUAACAGGUAUAUGAAGAAGUGGUAUCAAAAGAGACAUAAAAUUAAGAUUCAUAAAAUAAAGAAGUUACCAUGUAUUCCAACCUCCAUGCAGGCUGUUCCUGCGGAUAAGUUUGACUACGAGCUUCAGUCAAAAGAGCAGGUUAAGAACCAGUUAGCAACAAGAGAUAUUUACCCAGUAGAUGUCACUAGGGUAAUGCUCGAGAAGACAGGUAUUCCAUUAACUUUAAAGCAUGGAAUGCCCACACAGUUUUAUGAAGAAAUGUGGCCAAGACUGGCCUUCGAUUUGGAUGACUUUUCCUUUUCAUCCGCUCAGAAGGAGAGGUUCAUCUUCUUGUUAGGCCCACGAUACAGGGGUGACUCAAAAGUGAGUUUGACUUGUAAGCAAUAUGACACUUAUGAAAAGAAUAUGAAGAGGCUUAUGGAGAUAUUUAAUGAACUCAUUAUUGAGUCCAUGAGAGCUCCUCAGAAGGAUCUUAAUGCGCUCAAAUGUCCUUACAGAAUGCAAAGAAUGAAGAGAAAGCUAGGCAGAACUAGAGAAGAGAGACUCAAGAAAAAGCAGAAGAUGGAGGAGAGAAAUCAGAAGUCUAUUGAAAUGUACAAUGAAACUGGCAGAACUCUUCAACAUCAAGAAUUUCUGGAUCAACUCACCAAAGAUGCCCAGAUUCAGCAAGGAACUUACAAGAAAACUGGCAAAGAUCCUGUUUACGAUGGCAUGCAGACCUCUCUAGAGAAAGCCCUUGAGAAUGAUCCUGAUUGGAAGAAGGAGAAGGAAGAGAAAGGAUUUUUCAGGGAAGAUUUUGAGCCAACACUUGAGGAGUUCUUGAAGAACAUCAAGCUUGUCAAGAGAAAUGAAUAAUAUCAGGCUACCAAUA